GCCCCGGCGAGGCACAGCGGGGUGCGAACGCCGGGGGGUGCGGCAGGGCCAUGUUGCGCUGGUGCGUGCAGUGCCUGCCUUGCGGCCGUGGCGUGGAUUGGGGCGACCAGGGCCCCGAGUCCUCCGGCAGCAGCUUCCUGUCCGCGUACCGGGAGCGCGCCCGCAAAGGCGGCAGGCGGCAAAACAGUGUGAGGGCCCGCUUCGCCUCCGUCCACUCGCGCGCCGCGGGGAUUCUCCACCGGCUGCCCACCGGGACCGACUGGCCGGAGGCCAAGGCCGGCAACGCCACGAGGUCUCGCAAGGUGUUGUACUUGGUGAGGCAUGCAGAGGCGCGGCACAACGUGAAGGAGAUCGAGGCUCAGGCGGAGGCGAAGGGGCAGGGCUGCACCGAGGCGGAGGUCGAGGAGGCCCGCAGGCGCGUUCUGAAGGACCCCCAGUUCAUGGACGCCUGCCUCAGCUCUUCCGGGCACCUCCAGGCGCAGGUGGCCGCCCGGUCCUUCCAGGAGCUCCUGGACGGCACCCACUACGUCGAGCCGGAGGUGGUCCUCGUGUCGCCGCUGACCCGCGCGCUGCAGACGGCGUCCGGGCUGUUCCCGAGGCACCCGCGCGUGCGCGCGAUGGAGUUCCUGCGGGAGAGGAGGACGGGCGAGUCUUGCGACGAGCGGAAGCCAGCCCGCGAAAUUGAAGCCGACUUCCCUGGCGUCGAGAUGGCCGACAUCGCCGCGGUGGACAGGGCGGGGCCCGACGGCCACACGUUCCGCGAGGCGCUGCGGGAGGGCAACGAGCAGGUGGCCCUGCGGGCCGCCAGGCUCCUGGAUGUGGUCAGGACACAGGCGGGCAAGGCCGUGGCCGUGGUGACCCACAAGGGCUUCCUGCGCGAGCUCAACCGGGGCCCGCUGAGGGACUUCCUGGACAAGGACAGCGGACAGCUGCCCAUACUGUUCGGCAACGCCGAGGUGCGCGUCUGCGAGGUGGCCUGGGACGAGCAUGGCCACCUGGAGGAGGUCGUCGCGAGGACCCUCGAGGAGGUCGCCGACGCGCCCCCGAUGGAGAUGUGGCACAAGAGCUCGUGGCGCGGUGACGGCACCUCGUCGUGGACGGGAGGCCUGGCCCGCCUGAUCAGCGGCGGGAGCUUCGACGUCGUCGAGGACCUGGCAGAGGUCGCGGGCGGGGGCCUCCGCGCGGGCGCCGGCACCUCCGCGGAGGAGAGCUCGGGGCCUGCCGAGGCCGCCGCCACGGCCUGGAGGGCCAUGGAGGAGCGACUCGGCGGGCCGCCCUCGGUCGCGCUGGUCUUCUGCGACCAGGCCAUGGAGGGGGCCGAGGUGGCGCGCGGGCUCCGUCCGCUGGCCGGCGCCGCCUUCGUCGUGGGCGGAUCCUCCUGCGGCGGGGUGCUCUCGGCCAGGGGGCCCCACGAGGUCGGGGUGCUCGGCCUCCGCAACUUCGCGCACAGGUGCAGCGUCGGCAGCGUGGAGGACGUCACCGACGGGGGCGCCCGCAGGCACGCCGCCCGCGCGGUGGCGGAGGCCGCUGGGGGCCUGGCCCCCCACCUGGUGCUCGUCUGCUCGUGCCCGGGCUCCGAGGAGGACCAGAAGGGGCGCAUAACGCAGGCCCACGGUCGCUUCAUCGUGGAGAUAAACGGGCUCCCUGCCGCGGCGGUCCUGAACGAGUGGGCGGGGGGUGCGCUCCAGAACAAGGUGGCUGGUGGCUGCGUGAUGCGGGAGCGCUUCUUCGGCUUUUUCUCCGGCUGCUGA